AUGAAGCCCGACAAUUUGGGAUUUACAGAGGACCGGAGGCCAAUGGAGACGAUGUCGGAAACAUCUGAAGCAACUACCACCACAGCAGCUUCCGAGUACCAAGGGUUCGACUACAACGAGGACAUUACAGUUUUGGCUCGUCAAUUAGGUAUCGACAACCUUGAAGAUCUGAAACGCGAUCGCUUUCGCGUUAAUCGUCGCCGACUCGAACAAAUACUGACAGGGGAAGAUGAAUCUUUGGAGCGGGCCGAUGUGUUCUUUGAAAAGAUUAUGGAACAAACAAGUACGAUGAUUUCUUGGCCAGCGAGAUUGAAAAUCGGUGCAAAGUCAAAGAAAGAUCCACACAUAAAGGUCGUUGGUCGUCAAGAGGAUGUACAGGCUGCCAAAGAGAAGAUCAUGCAGAUCCUGGACACACGCCAAGCAUUGCGAGUGACGAUGAAGCUUGACGUUAGCUACACAGAUCAUUCACACAUAAUUGGAAAAGGUGGAUUAACAAUAAAGCGCGUAAUGGAAGAGACCGGUUGUCACAUACACUUUCCUGAUAGCAAUCGCAGUAAUCAUCAAGAAAAAAGUAAUCAAGUUUCUAUUGCAGGAGACAUGGAAGGUGUUGAAAAAGCUCGUGCUCGAAUUAGAAAUCUUACUCCAUUGAUUUUUUCCUUCGAGCUACCGAUAAUGGGAUCAAUGCAAGCUGUUCCUGACUCAACCAGUCCAUGCAUUGUUAAAAUUCAAGAGCAGUUUAAUGUACAAGUGAUGUUUCGCACUCGUCCUAAAUUACACGCUACUCUCGUGGUGGUUAAAGGUUGCGAAUGGGAGGUACAUCAAGUCAAGGAGGCUACUACCCGACUAAUAGGCGUGGUUUUAGGUAAACAGAGCAAUAACUUGAAGUUGAUUAUGCAGCGCACCUCUACACAGAUCAUGUUCCCGGAUGCUGGAGACCCAAAUAUCCCCAGUCUCAAAAAGAGUAACGUCAUAAUUACCGGUGGGAUUAAUAAUGUCUACUUGGCACGUCAGCAUCUUAUAGGUUCACUGCCGCUAGUUGUAAUGUUUGACUUUCCGGAAGAUGCAACGCCGACCUUCGACUCCGAAACCAUUUCACAACUCAUGCAAACUCAAGAUGUCUUUAUCAGCGUUCGAAACAAGCCAAAAGUCAGUGCUAUUUCAAUCGUAAUAAAAGGCGUUGAAAAGAAUGCAACCAGAAUUUAUGAAGCCCGAAGACAAAUUCUUAAUUUAAAAGAGCCAAGACUUCAUGCGAUGACCCCUGACACUUAUAACAUUCCCAACGCUUCAAAUCUUUUUCUUGACAUAACACCAAUGAGUUCGCAAAGCACUUCUCCAUACAGCAUGUCACCGUUGUCAUUAUCUCCAACAUCGAUGGGUUCAUUUAAUUUAUCUUCAAACUGGAGUGGAUCGGCUGGUUCGGUUUACUCUUCGUAUGGAAUAAAUCAUCCAAAUGUUCAGCUUUUGACAGCUACUCGUCAAGCGAUGCAGAGUAAUCUUUUGGCUCCAGCUGCUAUCAACCAGCACCAAAGUGUCAACCAACAUCGCCAUAGCCAGUCCCUUCUUGGUGACUACUUUUCAUACAGCAGCGCUUCAAGCACUUUAACAAGUCCAUCAGCCAGCCCACGUAAUGUCUCUCCAUCUCCGAUUGGAUUCUCAGACUCAAGUAUGGACAUCUCUGGAGUCUUUUCUGACUUCGGAAUUAAUGAGCUACCUAACGAGCGAACAUCGAGCCGUCAAUUUACAGCGUUCGACUACGAGCAGAAGAAAAUUAUGGCGUUUAAAGCGAUGCAAAACGUCCCCAAGUCAACGGAGUACAGAGUACCAACUCCAACGUGGUCCGGUUAUGGACUAAGCCAGACAAUGCCUCCAGCUACCGUGACAUCUUUAGACUAUUCGGUGAGCUCUAAACCGAAGGAGACUUCGGAGCUCUGGGACGGUCCUAAAACACCGUUAGCCUUCAUCUCAAGUGUAGAUUCUACUCAAGAUAAGGGCAUGCUUGGUAUUUCUUCGUACCUCGAUCAUACACCUCAGUCACGACUUCAGAAAGUGCUUGAGGAACCCCACACCGAUAUGGCUAGUAUGCUGACCGGUAUUGGGAUGGAGAAGUACAUACGUUUAUUAGUGGCUAACGAAAUAGACAUGCUGACGUUCCGCUUGUUAACUGACAAAGAUUUAUGCGAGAUUGGUAUCAAAGCUUGGGGUGCUAGACGUAGAAUUUUACUUCUCAUUGCCGAGUUGAACAAAAGGUCGAUGCCGUACUCGGGAAGCGUAGCACCUGGAGCUGAGCGUAAAUCUUCUCUUCCGAGCGCAUCAUCGAGCUCUGGAAUAUCGAGUACCACUACUACCGUCGAGGGCAAGUGGUAA